AUGGGUCGCAAGAAAGCAGUUGCAGACGAUCUUCUGGCCGACAUCCCCAACACUGUCAACGCUCAACCUUCUCCAUCCCAGUCUCAACCAAAGCCAAAGCCCAAAAGACUGGAGAAGGCCCAACCCAAGGCAACGGUGACUCAGAUCGACACUGAGGACACCUUUCCUAUCUCCAAGAUUACUAAGGCAGAGAAAAGUGCCUCCGCUGUCGAAAAGAGGCCCGCCGAGCAUGGCCACUUCUUCGUAAUGCAAGCCUUCAACAUCAAGAAGGAGUUGGCCAACAAGACCAAGGAGGUUGUUGGCUUGCAGAAGGCCAUUAACAAGGCUGAGGCCAAGAUGAAGACUCUAAUGAAGCAGGCUGAGGAAGCCAAAAAAGCUCAAAAAGAGGCUGAUGAGAGGACAGGGGCCGCCGAGGCCAUUGCCAAGGUCUUUGAGGGCGAAAAGAAAGAGGCCGAGGGAAAGACCGCCGACGCCCAAGCCGAACUUAUUACUGCCCUGGCCACCAAAGAUGCCGAGAUCAAGGCCGCGGACAAGAAGGCGUACGCCGAGGGGGUAGCCGACGUCAAAGAAGACUACAAGAGACAAGUUAGGUAG